AUGGCCGAUUCAACCCAACCAACAAUCGCCGAACAAGCUCAGGACGUAGCUUCCAAGCUCGCCAACACCGUCACUGAGACGCUCAACUUGGGUGACAAGUCCAAAGACAAUGUAGACAAAUCCGCCCUCCCCAUCCUCUAUAUCGACGAGAAAGCAGGAUCCGACAGUACAGGAACCGGUGCCGAACUCUCACCAUUCGCUACUCCCCUUGCGGCAUACCAAUCUCUCAACCCCUCGCCAGAGAAUGAUGCGAAUCCCACCAUCGUUGCCAACCUGAUGGUGAGGAAGGCGGAUUCUGUCGAGCGAAACGAAUGGGUCGAAAUCUCCACUUCUGCCAAGAAGAAGUUGGUGAAGAACAUUGGUGGAUGGAGGAAAUCGCAAGCCAAGUUAGCAGCUGAAGGUGACAGGUUGGCUAAAGAUAAGGCUGAUAAGGAGGAGAAGGAAAGGAAGAGGAGGGAAGAAGCUAAGAAUGUUGUUCUGGUUGAUGAUCAGUCGAAGGAAUCUAAGAAGACCAAAAUAUAUGCUGUUCCUGAAUUAGUUGGCUCAAGAGUCAGGAUUCAAGGAUGGGUACAUCGAUUCAGACCUCAAAAGACCAACUACUUCUUAGUCGUCCGGGACGGUACGGCGAUGUUACAAUGUGUCUUGACAGGAGAUUGUAUCAAGACUUUAGAUGCUUUGGAUCUGACCACGGAAAGUACGGUUGAAUUGGUCGGUACAGUUGAGAAAGUCAAGGAAGGUCAGAAAGCCCCCGGAGGUGUAGAGUUGAUGGUGGAUUACUGGAAGAUUAUCGGUAGAGCUCCUGGAGGAAUUGAUGCGUUUGAGGGAAGAUUACAACAGGAUACAGACGCCUCUAUCAGAGCGGAUCUUCGUCAUUUAGAACUCCGUGGUGAGACCGCCACCUCCGUCAUGCGAGUCCGAGCUUUGUUGUUACGAGCAUUCCGAGAUUCAUUCUACAAACGACGAAUUACCGAGGUCACUCCACCAUGUAUGGUCCAAACUUCCGUUGAGGGUGGAUCGACAUUGUUCGAAUUUGAUUAUUAUGGUGCACCAGCUUAUCUCACUCAAUCGAGUCAACUUUACCUCGAGACUGUCUUACCUUCCUUGGGAGACGUUUAUUGUAUUCAGGAGAGUUUCAGAGCCGAGAAGAGUUUGACCAGAAGACAUUUAUCUGAAUAUACCCACUUGGAAGCUGAGUUGGUGUUUAUUCAAUUCAAGGAUCUCUUGGAUCACCUUGAAGAUAUGAUCUGCGAAGUAGUCGAUACCCUCCUUACCGACCCAGUCUCAUCCGAAAUCAUCAAAACCCUCAACCCAGAAUUCCAACCCCCUUCUAGACCAUUCCUCCGUAUGGAUUACCGAGACGCGAUCAAGUACCUCAACGAGCACGGUAUUAAGAAAGAAGACGGAUCAGAUCACGUCGUAGGAGACGAUAUUGCUGAAGCUGCCGAAAGGAAAAUGACCGAUCAGAUCAACCGACCCAUAAUGCUUAUUCAUUUCCCCAAACUGCUCAAGGCAUUCUACAUGCAACCUCUCGCGUCCGCUCCUGACUUUACUGAGUCGGUCGAUGUUCUCAUGCCUAAUGUUGGAGAGGUAGUUGGUGGAUCGAUGAGAAUUACGGAUUACGAUACCCUCAUGGCUGCUUACAAACGUGAAGGUAUUCCUUCGCAACCAUACUAUUGGUUCACGGAUCAAAGGAAAUAUGGUACCACCGAACAUGGUGGUUAUGGUUUAGGUGUUGAGCGAUUCCUCGCUUGGUUACUCAACAGGUGGACUGUACGAGAAUGUUCCCUUUACCCUAGAUGGAUGGGCAGAGCUACUCCUUAG